AUGAACACUAUAAACACUUUUAGUAAUAGUGACAAAAAGAAAGGAAAGUUUAUAGUCUUUGAAGGACUCGAUAGAUCAGGGAAAUCUACGCAAUCAAAGCUAUUAGUUGAACACUUGAAAGGCAAAAAUGUGGAUGUUAAGCAUUUGUAUUUCCCAAAUAGGGAAACUGUAACUGGACAAAUAAUUGCUAAUUAUUUGAAGAUGGAGAAUAACUUUCCGAAUGAAACUAUUCACUUACUGUUCUCAGCGAACAGAUGGGAACGAAUGAAUGAAAUUAAAAAUUUACUGAUAAAAGGUGUCUGGGUUGUGUGUGACAGAUAUGCCUAUUCUGGCGUGGCUUACUCCUGUGGUGCUCUGAAUUUAACAAAAAGUUGGUGCAUGAACCCUGAUCAAGGUCUCAUAAAACCAGAUGUCGUUUUUUACCUGGAUGUAUCACCCACUUUUGCCCAAAAUAGAUCAAAAUAUGGCGAAGAAAUAUAUGAAAAGGUUGAAGUUCAAAAAAGAAUAUACGAAAAUUACAAACAUUUUUCUAACGAAGAUUACUGGAUAAACAUAGAUGCUACCAAAAAAAUUGAUGAUAUACACAAUGACAUAGUCCAAGAGAUUGCUAAACUAAAGUCUUUCGAAGAAGAAUAUUUCAAGUUUUUGUGGUCGUAA